AUGUCUGCUUAUACUUCUGGUGCGACAGAAUUCAAUACUAAGUUUGGUGAAAUGGUUAAAACAGAGGAAUUAUCUCCAGAACAAGUCUAUAAUAUGGACGAGACCGGGCUAAACAUUAAAAUGUUACCAGAAACAACUUUUCUAGGCAGUCAUGAACAGUCUGCCUCUGGCUUCAAAAAAAACAAAGAACGUAUUACAGUGGCCGUUUGUUCGAAUGCAGCAGGGACUCAUAAAAUUCCUCUUUUCGUUAUUGGCAAGUCUGCUAAACCACGGGCAUUCAAAAACUUGAAUCCAUCUUCCGUUCCGGUUUAUUAUAAGUCACAAAAAUCAGCGUGGAUGAAUUCAGACUUGUUAAAAGAGUGGUUUAAUUUGGAGUUUGUUCCAAAAGUUAAAAAACAUUUAAAAAGUGUAAACUUGCCUAUUAAAGCAAUUCUUGUGUUAGAUAAUGCUCCAACCCAUCCUCAUGACUGCGCUGUAGAUGACAUAAAUCUAGUUUAUCUUCCUCCUAAUGUGACAAGCUUAAUUCAACCAAUGGACCAAGGAGUGAUCGAAAGCUUAAAAAGACGAUACAGGCGUAAACUUGUUUCUAAAAUUCUGCAGCAUUCGGAAAGUGAAGACAAAGGUCUUUUAGAAGUCAUCAAAAAGAUCAAUAUCAAGGACGUUAUCUAUAUGUUAGCUACAGUAUUUCAAGAAAUGCCCUCUUCAACGUUUGUUAAGUCUUGGAAAAAACUUUGGCCAGAUGUUGAGAAUCUAAUUGUGAUCUCGAAUAUUACAGGGACUGAAGAAGAAGAAAACAAAUCUACUUUACAAGACCUUCAAAAGUUAUCGGGUAACGAAUCAUUACAGGCAGAAGAUGUGGAAAAUUUAAUGAUAAACUGUGACGAACACCUUGAAAAUGAAUUUUUGAAUGAUGACGAAAUCAUAGAUUUAGCAUACAAAGAACAAGAGGAAGAUGAUGAGAGUAGUGACGUUGAAGAGGAGAAAACAGUUUCUCAUGAAGAAGCCAAAAAUGUGAUGGAAAUUGCAUUGAAAUACAUUGAGCAGCAACAUGAGUAA